UAGACCUUUUUACAGCCAUGGAGCUCAGAAAAUUAAUAUAUUUGAUAACGUUUGUUUAUGGAACAUUGGGUAUCUCAACUGAAUCAGAUAAAAGCGUCGUAGAUAAAACAGAUCUGAUGCCUAGUGCGACCUCUGGAAAAACCUCCAGUGUUUUAAGAGAAAUAUUAAAUCAAGAAAGUCUUGUUCGAUUUUCAAUGGUGCAGAAAAUUCAAAAGCUUGUCAUGGAUGUGAUAGACAAUACGGACACUGCUCAAAAUGUAAAGAAAAGACUUCAAGAGGCGAUAAAAGAUUUACAGAGUUUGGAAAACAGAGAGCAGGACUCGGAGAUCAAAAACGCUAACUUAGGUCAGGAGUUAAACGCUUUAAAUGAGGCUGUGAAAAUAAACAAGAAUAUGUCAACGGAAGAAGCCGCACACACGAAUUUGCUUAUUACAGAAAUGCAGUCCACAUUGGAUGAUUAUGGUACACGAUUGAAAGUAAUUGGAGGAAGUUUAGAAAGAUUAUUUGUUUCAGUAAAUGAAACAUUGGUUGAUACCAAAGAGAAUCAAAAGAUUUUUAACAUGCAACUGAAAGAUAUCCUCAAUAAUCAAAAAAAUUACAGCAUGCAACUGAAGGAUAUUUACGAGAAGCAAAAGAAUUACAGCAUGCAACUAGAGGAUAUCAGCAAGAAAGAAAAGAACCAUAGUACGCAAUUGAGGGAUAUGCAUGAUAUUCGUGAGAUCCAAAUGAAUUUGAGCACGCAAAUUAGAGAUAUUGGCAAGGUUCAAAAGAAUCACAGCCUACAACUAAGUGAUAUUACUUCAUCAAUUUGGUCAGUUUUGUAUCCUGUCGACUGUUUGGAAAUUAUGGUCCAAGGGAAAAAGACGUCUGGUAUCUAUAAGAUCUAUCCGUGGAACAACUCUACAUAUAAAGAAGUUUUCUGUGAUAUGGACACCAUGGGAGGCGGGUGGACCGUCUUUCAAAAGCGGAUGGAUGGAUCUGUGUCUUUCUCUAGAAACUGGGCGGAAUAUCAGCAAGGAUUUGGAAAUGCCUCCACUGAAUAUUGGUUAGGAAAUGAUGCAAUACAUGCAUUAACCGUCAACUCCUCUUCCCUGUACGUCAAAUUACAACAUAAAAAUGGACGCCAUUACUUCCAGUAUUACUCGGACUUCCGGAUCAGUGGCGCUGACGAUGACUAUAGAUUACAUCUGGGAUCUUACUCCAACGGAACAGCAGGAGAUAUGUUAAUCUCGCCACAAAAUAACCAAACGUUCAAGACCCCGGAUCAUUCUACCCAUGGCUCACCUGGUUGUUUCAGUCUGUACACAGAGGGAGGAUGGUGGUUCAGGGACUGCCAUAACGCCUAUUUAAAUGGAGUUUAUGGGUCACGUGAUUGGCGCAAUCCUUGGGCCAGAGUUAUAGUAUAUGGCACAGAGUUUGGCUCUUCACAAAUGAUGACUAGAAGACACAAAUAGUUCCUGAAAACUAUUCCUCUACAAAGGAAUGAUAACAUAAAAUAUUGUUAAUGAUAAUGAAUAUAUGGCACAGUGA